GGCAGCCGAACUCGUAUGCGGUGUUCUCAGGGCCUGGCAGCCACGUCUGCUCACAGAAGGAGGUGGAGAUCCCGGCGGUGAGGCCUCUGUGCUCCAGGAUGUGGCUGUCCGUGGCACGGCUCCUUCUGUCUGCGCUGCUACUGUGCCCCUGGCAGCUGCCUACCGUCACGGCCUGGGACAGCGGGGAUCUGGAGCUCUUUGACCUGGUUGAGGAGAUCCAGCAAAACUUCUACCAGUUCCUGGGUGUGGAGCAGGAUGCUUCAUCUGCUGACAUCAGGAAAGCCUAUCGCAAGGUCUCCUUAACGCUGCACCCGGACAAGAACAAGGAGGAGAACGCAGAAACUCAGUUCAGACAAUUGGUGGCGAUCUACGAGGUAUUAAAAGAUGAAGAGAGGAGAAAACGGUACGACGAUAUCCUUGUUAAUGGCCUCCCGGACUGGCGACAGCCUGUGUUCUAUUACAGGCGGGUGAGGAAGAUGAGCAAUGCAGAGCUAGCAUUACUUCUGUUCAUUAUACUCACAGUGGGCCAUUAUGCCGUGAUUUGGUCCAUCUACCUGGAGAAGCAGCUGGAUGAACUUCUUAGCAAGAAGAAGAAAGAGAAGAGGAAAAAAGCCGGAGGCAAAACGAUAGACGAAGGAAAAUCCGGUCUCCUGGAGAAAAAUGAAAGAGUCAGUGAAAAACCCCAGUGGAUGGACUUGCUCCCUUUCAAGCUUGGGAUCUGGUUUUAUCACUCGGUCAGAUCGCUGCCCCAGCUGCUCCAGGACGCUAAAGAUUUUUACGCAGAGUACAAAGCGAAAAAAAUUAAAGAAAAAGAAGAAGCGGAAGCCCAGGCUCAACUGGAAAACAUUUUGAAAGAGAAGAAACCCAAAGUAAAGAAGCCGAAAUCAGAAUUUCCAGUAUAUCCAACAACAGAGGCCAGUGUAAAUGUGCAAGCAUACGAUCAAGGGGUCAGCAUUGAAGAAAUAGAGGAUCAGGUCGAUGACUGGUUAUCAAACAGGGACAGGAUGGCAAAAAAGAAGUCACCUGAAUGGACGGAGGAGGAUCUCUGCCAGUUGACAAGAAGUAUGGUUAAGUUCCCAGGGGGGACUCCUGGUCGAUGGGAGAAGAUUGCACAUGAACUGGGUCGCUCGGUGGCAGAUGUAACAUCAAAAGCAAAACAGGCAAAGGAUUCGGUGUCGUUUUCAUCAGGUACAGUAAGAUUAUCAGAUCUGAAAUGCACAGCGAAGAUGAGUGUGAACUUAUCCGACAGUCUGAUCACCCAGCGGGAGGAAGAAGAGCCCGAGUUGGAGGAGCAGGAUUUUUCUUUAGGUCAGAGCGAGGCCCCGGCGACGGCACGCGCCCGCAAACGGAAGAGUGCAAAAGUAACGGACGGUGCGGCGGCGGCAGCAAGAGAUGAAGCAGAGGACAAGGUCAGGGGCAGGAGGCAAAGGGACUUUGAUAAUGAACAAGAGGCCGAGGAGCUUGUGGACAGUGAUGACGAAAUUAGGAAAAAGGAAAAAAGUCGAGCUUUGGAGGAUCUAUGGACUCAAAAUCAGCAGAAGCUGCUGGAGCUGGCUUUGCAACAGUAUCCAAAGGGAACAGCUGAGCGAUGGGGUAAAAUAGCAAAAUGUGUUCCUGGCAAAACUAAGGAAGAAUGUAUAUGUAGGUACAAACUGCUCGUGGAGCUGGUGCAGAAGAAGAAGCAGGCGAAGAGCUGAGACUGCACUCACCCGCAAGUGUUAACACAUGAGCAGUAAUGUGCUUCGUGCCUCAGUAUUAUCUUCAACGUGUGAUGUGCCUUAGGAAACCACAAAAGAACCGACACCAUCUUUAACACGUUAUGUGCUUGAAAAAAUAAAGCAUAUUUUUAUACUAUAAAGUGUUUGGAUUUCUAAUUUAUCAGGGAUACUAAAUAUAUAGAGCAGCCUGGCUGCCUUGACUCCUCCGUAUAUAAUAAAAUCUUUUUGUUCAAACCUACCUCACCCACAUUACAUACCCAAUAAUGCAAAACGUGUAUCUGUUUGGUUCUCGUUAUCAGUCCUCAUUAAAGUAUUACGGAUGUACAUUUAA